AUGAAUGCCGCCAGUCAGCACGGGCAAACUUAUGCAAAGACAAAUCUACACAUGAAUCGAGCCACUGAUAUUUAUAAUCCCCUCCCAUCACCCGCUUCCUCCGAUUUUACCCCACCACUCACCCAAUCUACCUCUGGAUCCAACAAUUCGCGCUCAAAUUUUGGUUCAAUAUGUCAGUCGCCGCCUCAGCCUUCUACUCCUCCUUCGCGAUAUACCCACGCACACCCGAAUAACCAAACUGCAGCAACUCAUCGCCCGAGGAUACGUUACCCUGUUGACCUCGCCCGUGCAGGAGAUGGUCGAACGCCAUUGCAUCGUCGUGGCACGUCCCAAAAGUACGAACCUUUUGAGGAUUUGUUGAGGGAGGCAGGGUACAAGGAAACUCGAAUUUUCACCCCCGAGACGGAGCGCACAGUGUCCGGCGCAGACGAUGGAGACGGUAGCUCAGGGGGUAAAAACAAAAUCGCCGGCGUGGUCGAAUUUCUAUCCGGAUUUAUUCCAGGAUCUAGGACAUCUAGUUUGAGAGAUGAUUCAAACGAGGCGAGGAAGAAGCAUUAUUCGCCGCCAACUUCACCUUCACCUAUGUUUACUCGAAGACAGAAUCAGCGAGCAGACCCAGAGCUGGGAAGGGAGCAUCAAAAGCGACCUAUAGAUAACGACGCUACGCCCAGAGCUACACGCACUCGCACUAGUAGAUCGGUGCAAUCGUUGCAGAACACUACUCCCUCACCUGCCAUUCGUUACACACACAAUAAUCACUCUUACACUUCCAUAGGACAGUCGAGCUCAUCGAAACCGAUGCCUCCUUCCCGGGCAACGGCAUAUCUUAGACACAUUGCGUCUGUCCCGGAUAUGCCAGGUGCAGAUCUUCAACGAUCGCACUCGAAUCCUACUCGAAGACGGAGAUCAAAUCGAAGAAACGGUACCAAUGACUCACGACAUACCGAUGAUGGUGAGGACGACGACUUCGAUUCGGUUUACGAGGGUCGCACGAGAGGAAACGGAGAAGGGGAAGAGGAUCCGAAUGUACCACCGUUACCGAAGGGCUGGUUGGAAACCGUGGCUAGAGCAGUGCUUUUUGGCCCUGGCGCUUCUUUAGCUUCGCGCGCCACUUUUGGACCCUCAGAAACAGGUUCUCGAGCUGUUAGUCAACCCUAUACAAAUAGCCAGCCAUCGUCGUCGUAUGUAAGAGACGUAUCUCCUGCGUUAAGGCAACUACGACAAACAAGGAGCGUCAUUUCUCGAACCGGAUCCCUUGCAGAUGCAACGACUACACAUAUUCGUCAUCCUCACCAGCAUCACAACCUCAUUCGUACUCAGAGCGCUCGCAGUGCCCUUUCGUCACGAAGCGGGCUAUCGGAUCGCACGAAUAGAACUCACGGUUACUGGGCGACAAUGAUGCCUUCUCCACUUAGCAAUAUCAAGUCUGCAAGUGCUGAUGUUUACGGUGCGAACAGGCCUAGACCUACACUCAUGACCCGUCUUCAUAGCUCCUCACGCUCGAAUGCAAGUGAAGGAGAAAUUCGAAGAGCGAGAGUGGUGUGUCGGAGCGCACCCGCGAGUCGAGCAACAAGUCCGAAUCCGAAUUAUCUCAACCCAUCUUCUACUACACGUCAAGUACAAAGAAAGCAGAGCACUCAAGGUCGGAACAAGGGAAACAGGUCGCCAAAAAAAUGGCGCUCAGGCAAAGUUGCGGAUGAGCCGCCUAGUUUGACGCGUACGAUGGUCGAACUAGAGGGCGACGGUGCAGGCCAUAUGGAUUCAUGGUUAUACUCUUUACCUCAUACUCACGAACAUCAACAAGGCCCAAAUUAUAGCUCUAAUCUGAGAUCGGAACCUUCCUCAGAAAGCAGAUAUCUCAGCGGAUGGGGGUGGGACUCUGCUCAGUCAUCGGCUUUACCAACCUCACAGCCAGACUAUGACAGCGAUGGAAUUGGCCAUUUCCAAAAUCCACCUUUCUCGUUAUCCAUCUCUGUUACUAAUAUUAGUGAUGAAGCAGACCAGCCAGUCUCAGAAGGAGAGGAAUCUUCGGAAAAUGAAGUCGACUUGGCGAAGAUGCUUCGACCUAAACCUCAACGUCAAGAAUCCAGUAAUUCGACAAAGUCGGUGUCCUCUCUCCGCUCGAUUCGAAGUCUUCGAAAAUUUCUGGUUCCUGGAGUCGAAAACCAUCAUAUUCCGCCGUUACCUUCGAGCAAUGGUGGUGGCUCUGCCAUUGACAUAACUCCUCCCACUUCCGCUACUGGAAGAUGGUUUCUGGACAGCGAGGGCUCGUAUGCAGAUGGCAAUGACCGAUAUGGGACGAAAAGCACCAGGGGGAAGAGGGGAAGCUUGCCCAGUGGGUGGACCGGACAUGACAUGGAACAUGCGGCUUGA